ACGCUAGCCAGCAUAUUGUCGUUGCCAUGGUGUGCGCAAAGAGUUAACAUCAGUCAUAUCAGCGGUCUGCCGCUCUCUCCUCCUACAUCACUCUGUUCAGACUACAUAACCAAACCAAUAAACGCGCGUCCAGUACUUUUUACUUGCUCGCUAGCUGUUGUACUUCGCCGGGACUCGGGGAUUUCGCAGAAAUGGCUUUGGCAGACACCGCGCGUGGAAUAUCCAACGGCGAAGGUUCCAGAUCAUCCACCUUUUCUGAAAUAAUCGAGUUAAAUGUAGGGGGACAGGUUUACGUUACUCGACACACAACUUUGAUCGCAGUCCCGGAGUCCCUCUUGUGGACCAUGUUCAGCCAAAAAACGCCCCAAGAGCUGGCUCGGGACAGCAAAGGGCGAUACUUUUUGGACAGGGACGGUUUUCUGUUCCGUUACAUCUUGGACUACCUGCGCGACCUCAACCUCGUUCUGCCCGAUUACUUUCCCGAGAAGUGCCGACUGCAACGGGAAGCCGAUUUCUUCCAACUGCAGGACCUCUCCAAGCGCCUGAGCCCCAAAGUGAGUAAGGAGGAUUUAAUCUGCGAGGAGAUCUCGCAGAGCGACCCCGAGGAGGCUGCGGUCCUCAGUGGACUCGCUGCGUCCAGCCUGGAGUCAACUCGCCUGGUGCCGUCCGUCAGCGGCAGCAACACGCGCUCUCCGUCCCUGGAAUCGCGUAAAUCUGGCUAUAUAACAAUAGGAUACAGGGGCUCCUAUACCAUUGGUAGAGAUAUUCAAACCGAUGCCAAAUUUCGGCGGGUAGCCAGGAUCACUGUGUGCGGGAAGACGUCUCUUGCCAAAGAAGUGUUCGGAGAUACCCUGAACGAGAGCAGGGAUCCGGACAGACCACCGGAACGGUACACGUCCCGUUAUUACCUGAAGUAUAAUUUUUUGGAGCAGGCAUUUGACAAGCUGACCGAAGUGGGGUUUCACAUGGUAGCUUGCAGCUCCACGGGCACUUGUGCGUAUGCUAGCAACGACCCAAACGAGGACAAAAUCUGGACAAGCUAUACCGAGUAUGUGUUCUGUCGGGACUGACUCUUGGAGAGGGUGAGGUCUGAAAUGCGUAAAGUAAGGCAAAUGGAAAGAGCGGUUGGUCAACAAAGAAAAAAUACGUUGUUAUUCCCUAGCUAUUGUAAAUAGACACCACUCUUAUAGCCUAAUUCUGGUUCGUUCCUAACAAUAGCUUCUCAUAAAAUGUAACCGUUUCAAAAGACAUCUUGAUAUUUUCUUGGAAUACCAAACUAUUAUCACAUGUUGACAUAUGUCAAGUAGUUACUUCUGAACGCUGUUUUGAGGUGUACCCUACCAGGCUGCUAUUGCAGUCCAGUACAUUUCGCUAACGGUGAUUUCUGAUACUGUAUUCAAAGAAAAAGAAUUUAAUACAUUCAUAAAAAUGAAUCAUAAGCAUACACAUCUAUUAUCCACUAUUAGCUUACUACCCUUCUUAUAAAUGAUUCACAAUAUUCAGUAUCCUCUUUCACGGCAGGUAGUAGUAGUAUGACAGCUAAGCAUUUAGGAAUUGCUUUGUAAAUCAAUGUAUUUUAUUUGCAAGUUGUGCUGUAUGAAACCAAGAGUUUCACAUACAUCACAUUAUUUUUGAAUGUUCAGAAUCAAUAGCUGUUCGUGAAUGUGUUUCUACUAAUUAUAUAUUUUUUUACAAUAAAUGUUGUACAGUGGAUGCACUAAACGGAAUACUAUCCUGGCAGUUUAGUCCACAUUGUGCCUAUGUAUAUUUUUUUAAAUCAUAAAGCUUCUGUAGAGUAUCCUGAGAAGUCGGAACACCGAUGACCGCUCGCCGUUUCAACUGGGAGCACAGGUCAGGACUGAGUCAAGUUCUCUUCUAGCCAAAAUUUCAGUCUUUCGACACCUUGGGAUAAUUAAUUAUCUACAGACCUGAGAUACCAGGCAGUCGCACUGUUUUCUUAAUUUAGUUUGACGAGAAGAUCCUGUUCUUUUCGGUUCUGACGCUUUUCUUGUAAAAUGUAAACUGUUGGGACCUAGUGGGGAAGUAAAUUCAUGCAACACAGCCAACUUUUCAAAGUUGCAUUCAGUGCUUCUUUUAAAUCUCGAAAGCUUUAUUGCUUGAAUCAAUCAUUCUCACAUUUUACUGUAUAGCUCUUUGUGUGUGUGUGUUUUUGAAUUUGUCUGAAUGCACUGACAUGCAUCUGUCCAGUGUUGUAUUUAUCCUUGCAUUCAAAUUAUAAAAUAAAGUCUUUGCUUUGUGAA